AUGGCACAGCGCUUCGAUGACUUGUUAUCACAGAGGAAGAGAAAGCGAGAGUCUUCGAAGAGCACCACUCUGCACCUUUUUCUGGACAUGCCGGCUGCAACAAUACUCUUACGAAAAUCAAAGAGCGAUUUUACUGGCCUGACUACUACAAGGACACAAUGGAAAUGGUUAGUUACAAAUUUUAUUUAUUUCCCAAUGCACCCUCUUGAUCGUGGUUUUUAAAAUGCCUGCGUUGUUAAACGGAAUUCAAUUUCUUCUGUUUUCAGUGUUCUUUGAAAGGGUGAGGCAUUAUUGCAUCUUUUAGUAGGUUGUCAAAGGGCAUUGUAAACCGAAGUCCUUCUUAUAGCUCCCGUUUCUUAUUAUUUUAUGUGAAGCCAAAGAUCAGAAAUUAUAUUUCUGAAGGGUCAGGAUGAAGGAUUUUCUACCAGUUGACCCAAGUGUGGCCUUGAACAUUCAUUUAUGUCACACUGGCUGUCACGCCUGCUACAUCAGAAAUACUUUUUUGUGUGCACCAAGCACAACAUCUAUUCUUAAGGGACCAUCAUUGGAGCGUCCAUUGAUCAUAACUACAUUUUCAGUUGUUUUGUUUGUUUGUUUGUUUUGUUUUCACUAGUAGUUGUUUUCUUCUCCUUAUAUGUCCUUAGAUUUUAAAAGCGUUGUGACAGGUGCCAGAGAAAUGUACGGGAAGUGA